CACGUUUUUUUUUUCACUUUUCUUACUUAUUUUGCAUUUUCUUUUUCGUUUCUUUUCUUCCUUUUUUUUUUUUUUUGAAUUAACAAAAUUUCAUUCAUUAUCAGAUUAAUUCGAAUGUAAUUCUUAAGAAGAUAUGUAAGAAAUAUUUAUAUUAUCUUAAAGUGCAACGAUCUGCGAAAGUGUUUUAUUUGUUUGUUUAUUUAUUUGUUUGUUUGUUUGUAUAUAUGUAUAUAUAUAUAUAUAUAUAUAUAUAUAUAUAUAUGUGAAAAAGUUUAUUAAUAUCAUUUGUAACGAAUGAAAUGGAAAUCACGAGGGACUUAUCAUCGAUUUAUAAAUAAUUAAGGAUUGAAUAGAAUUAAUUUAAAGGCAUAAAGAGAAUAUGGAAGAAGAUAUAUUAUUAUUAUGAGCAACGUUGUUAGAUUGACGAUUUUAAUUUUGAUAACAACAUUGACUUAUAUGAAGGCAUUGACAAUUGUCAAUCAUCAUACCGACGACGAAUAUGUACUCGAGCAUGAAGUCCUUUACGAGGAUGCGAUCAACGAAGCAAAAAAACUCGAGAUUUAUCCUGGUCCAAUACCAGGAUGUAAACAUUGCACCAAUUCAGAGAUAACCUAUUGCAAGAAUGGAAGCGUCAUUAAUGAUCAUUGCUGUUGCGACGGUAGUUACAAUAAAGUGUUCCCCUUCGUUGAACACACUUGUCGCGUGGGACCAGAAGAAUGCAAAGUAGAGGCUGGAGAUUGUGCAGAGUAUACAAGAUUACGUGAAUGUUGUUGUCACUCUUAUUUGGCUUCUGUGUGGAAAUAUUUAGCAACUGGCGAAGGAUCUCGCAAUGAUGCAAAUUUAACAAUGUUCCUGAUUAUAUUAGCGAUGGUGCUCGGAUUAUACUUAACGUAAUAUACGAUUAUAAUAAAUCUUACCAAAUAUUUUGUACAGUAAGGAUUAUACUCCUUAAUAAAUUAUUUUUACAUCGAUCAAUAAUAUUAAGUUGACAGAUGAA